UCCCCUUGUUUGGAGGACACGCAGAUUUAUACUUAAAUACUAACCUUAGGCAGUGAGUUAAAGGGGGUCGAAGGUUAGUUUUUCUUCUCUUCCAAAAAAGGUCGUUUGUUAUUAAGUCAGUGUGCAUUCUGGCAUCGUGGAGGGUACUGUGGAAGCUAAUUUCUGAAUAGGACUCAAAUCCUAAAUAUUUAGUUUGGAGGAAAAUUUUUAGGUAAAGGCGCAGUGAAAUCUUGAGUACUAAGUAGUAUGGUUGGGUUCUGGUUAAUUUUAAUGAAUUGAAGUAAGAAACUCUUCACCUUCAAGAACUGAAGCAGAAAUAUUUCCGAAAUAUGUUCAUACACUUUUCAGUUGUAGUAGGUAGAAGAUAUUACAUACAUUAGGAUCUUUCUUUAGAGGUUGAAGAGAAUGCUGUGCCUUAGACAUCACUGAUGAUUUGUUAUCCUUGUAGGGGCUGUUGUGCCUUAGAUAAUUUAAAAAAGGUGGGCUAGGUGCCUCACCGUUUUCUGGAGAGUGCAUUCAGUGUUGUGAUUUUGGUGGUGAGGUUGAUAAGCUAAAGGAUUAGCGGAGGGGGAAAAAGACCAGGUGGGGAGAGGAGAGAGAAUUUUAGAGAAAAGCCCCUAAACCAAGGGAAGGCCUCCUACUAUUACUUUAGUCCCUUCUGGAAAUCCCAGAAAACUUGGGAAGACUGGCCUCACCACCACUGUCAGCUUGGUGACCUGCCAGGAUCAUGGAUUUUCCUGGCCACUUUGAACAGAUCUUCCAGCAGCUGAACUACCAGAGACUUCACGGCCAGCUCUGUGAUUGUGUCAUUGUAGUGGGGAACAGACAUUUCAAAGCCCACCGCUCGGUCCUAGCAGCAUGCAGUACACAUUUCCGAGCCCUGUUCUCUGUGGCAGAGGGAGAUCAGACCAUGAACAUGAUCCAGUUGGAUAGCGAGGUAGUGACAGCGGAGGCCUUUGCCGCACUGAUUGACAUGAUGUAUACCUCCACCCUCAUGCUGGGGGAGAGCAAUGUUAUGGAUGUCUUAUUGGCAGCCUCUCACCUGCACUUGAACUCUGUUGUUAAGGCAUGUAAACAUUACCUAACGACAAGGACGCUGCCCAUGUCUCCCCCCACCGAGCGCGUUCAGGAGCAGAGCGCCCGCAUGCAGCGCUCCUUUAUGCUGCAGCAGCUGGGACUGAGCAUCGUGAGCUCAGCCCUCAAUUCCAGCCAGAGUGGUGAGGAGCAGCCGGCCCCCAUGAGCUCCUCGAUGCGCAGUAACCUGGACCAGCGGACACCCUUCCCCAUGAGACGCCUGCAUAAGCGCAAGCAGUCUGCAGAGGAGCGGGCCAGACAGCGGCUCCGACCCACCCUAGAUGAGUCUGCCAUCUCUGACGUUACGCCAGAGAAUGGGCCGGGGGUUCAUUCUCGGGAGGAGUUCUUUUCACCAGAUUCUCUGAAGAUCGUGGAUAACCCUAAAGCUGACGGGAUGACCGACACCCAGGACGACAGCGCCAUCAUAUUUGACCGGCCCUUUGGUGCUCAAGAAGAUGCCCAGGUGCCCAGCCAGUCCGACAACAGCACCGGCAACGUGACCCAGCUCUCCAUGGCCUCCCGCGCCACUCAGGUCGAGGCUAGUUUUGAGCAGGAAGCCACACCUGAGAAAAGUGGUUUUCAGUGUGAAAACCCUGAGGCUGGCCUUGGUGAGAAGGAGCACAUGAGAGUGGUGGUUAAAUCUGAGCCCCUGAGCUCUCCUGAGCCUCAGGAUGAAGUGAGCGACGUGACCUCCCAAGCGGAAGGCAGCGAAUCGGUGGAGGUGGAGGGAGUGGUGGUCAGUGCCGAGAAGAUAGACCUCAGCCCCGAGAGCAGCGACCGGAGUUUUUCAGAUCCCCAGUCUAGUACUGACCGGGUAGGAGACAUCCAUAUUUUGGAAGUCACAAAUAACCUAGAACAUAAAUCCACUUUUAGCAUUUCAAAUUUUCUUAACAAGAGCAGAGGAAGUAACUUUAGUGCAAAUCAGAACAAUGACGAUAAUAUCCCAAACACCACUAGUGACUGCAGGCUGGAGGGGGAGGCCCCUUAUUUGUUGAGUCCAGAGGCUGGGCCUGCAGGCGGGCCCUCCUCAGCCCCUGGCUCUCACAUGGAGAACCCGUUCAGCGAGCCCACAGAUGCUCACUUCGUCAGGCCUAUGCAGGAAGUGAUGGGCCUGCCAUGUGUGCAGACCUCAGGCUACCAAGGAGGAGAACAGUUUGGGAUGGAUUUUUCCAGGUCUGGUUUGGGGUUGCAUUCCUCCUUCUCCAGGGUAAUGAUGAGCUCCCCCAGAGGUGGAGCCAGUAACUUUCCAUACUACCGCCGCAUAGCUCCCAAAAUGCCAGUGGUAACGUCAGUCAGGAGCUCACAGAUCCCAGAGAACUCUGCCAGUUCCCAGCUAAUGAUGAACGCGGCCACAUCCUCAUUUGAAAAUGGCCACCCUUCGCAGCCUGGCCCCCCGCAGUUGACGAGGGCAUCUGCUGACGUCCUGUCAAAGUGCAAGAAGGCCUUAUCGGAGCACAAUGUCUUAGUCGUAGAGGGGGCUCGCAAGUAUGCCUGCAAAAUCUGCUGCAAGACUUUCCUGACCUUGACAGAUUGCAAGAAGCACAUCCGUGUUCACACAGGUGAAAAACCCUACGCCUGCCUCAAGUGCGGCAAGAGGUUCAGUCAGUCCAGCCACCUGUACAAACACUCAAAGACCACCUGCCUGCGCUGGCAGAGCAGCAACCUUCCCAGCACUUUGCUCUAACCCGACCUCUUGAGAUAAUGCUGAGGCCAGUAUCAGGACCUAAACUACAGUCUCUCUUGGUUGGUGGUUAAUGCCGUUGGGUUUGAGGCUUCAGGCUGCGAAUGGCUCAUGCAAAUUUCGAUGACUAAUAAAUGGAGAAUUAAUAGGUGUAGUGCUUGUACUGCUACAUUUCUGAGUGAAAUGUACGCUUUCAGAGAAGGGAUCCAAUCCCUGAAACCAAGUUCUUCCUUAGGGUUGAGUAAUGCAGUCAGAAAGUAGUUUGGAAUUGAUGUCAUUAACAGUGGCACAUUUGACAAUUAAAAAUUGAAGUGCAAAA